UUUCAAUCAAGAAGAAGUUAAGAUGAAGAGGCACCCGUUGAUCAUUGUGAUGCUAUUCCUCUCUUUUCUGUUCUUUAGCUGUGGCCGGGGAAGAAGUUCAACGCUCUCGGAAAGCGACUUCGAACUGGAGAGAGAGCUCAAGAUGCUUAACAAGCCCUAUGUCAAAUCCUUCAAGGAUAAUUAUGGGGUAGUUUUUGACUGCGUUGACAUUUACAAGCAGCCCGCAUUCGAUCACCCUCUCCUGAAGAACCACAUACUACAGAUGCCUCCAAAUUCAAGUUCCGGCACUGGUCUACCGACAACAGGGGUAAGUUGUCCUUACGGAACUGUCCCGAUACGGAGAACUCUCAAGGAAGAUCUUGUAAGGGGACGUGCACUUCGUCCGGUGUACAAACCAACGUCAACGCAAGACACGAGUGGAAUUGACGGGCAGCAUUUCGCCCAGGUGUUGUUAGACUGCGAGAAAGGCAAGACAUUCCAGAGCGCGAGUGCUUCGAUCGAGGUGUAUUAUCUCCCUAUGCCGUCAGAUGCUGCUUCCACAGCUCAGAUGCUAGUUGUGGACGACAGGUCAAGCAAUGUGACCGUCGUGCAAGCUGGAUGGCAUAUCGAUCCUCGCCGUGAAGGCGACGGACAGAGUCGUUUCCUGGUAUUCUGGACGGUGCGUAUUUUAACAGAUUUGUAUGCAAUGGGCUAA